AUGGCCGACACUACCAAGGCCAUGGAUGGUCUUGCCAUUUCCAAGACAAAGGAGCUGAAAGGUACCGAGAAGCGAGAUUCGUUAAUCGCCGUCGAGAAGAAGUACCAGAAGAAAUGGGCCGAGGACGGCGUCUUCCACACUGAUGCGCCGACAAUCGAGGAGGUUCCCCUCCAUUCUAUUUCCGCGAGCGAGCUGCGAGAAAAACACCCCAAGUUCUUUGGCACGUCAGCCUACCCCUACAUGAACGGCACCAUGCACGCGGGCCACGCCCUGACUGUGUCCAAGGUCGAGUUCUCGGCCGGCGUAGCCCGCAUGCAGGGCAAGCGCGCCCUGUUCCCCAUGGGCUUCCACUGCACCGGCAUGCCCAUCAAGGCGUGCGCCGACAAGCUUGUCAAGGAGAUUGAACUCUUUGGUAGCGACUUUGCCGGCUACAACCCUGACGAGGAGGUGGUCGAGGAGGCGCCCAAGCCUGCCGCCAAGCAGAUCAAGGAGGACCCGACCAAGUUCAAAGCAACCAAGGGCAAGGCCAACGCCAAGACAAUCAAGGCCAAGUACCAGUUCCAGAUCAUGAAGUCGAUUGGUGUGCCAGUCGAGGACAUUCACAAAUUUGCGGACUCGCAACACUGGCUCCAGUACUUUCCGCCGCUCACCAUCCGCGACCUGACCGACUUUGGCUGCCGCAUCGACUGGCGCCGGACGUUUGUCACCACCGACGCCAACCCCUACUACGACGCCUUUGUCCGCUGGCAGAUGAACCGCCUCCGCGAGCUCAAGAAGAUCAAGUUUGGAAAGCGCUAUACCAUUUACUCCAUCAAGGACCGCCAGCCCUGCAUGGAUCACGACCGCUCCGAGGGCGAGGCUGUCAACCCCCAAGAGUACACCGCCCUGAAGCUCAAGGUCCUGCAAUGGUCUGAAAAGGCGGGCGAGCAGGUCAAGGCUGGCCUGCCUGCCGGCGCCAACGUCUUCCUCGUACCCGCCACAUUGCGACCCGAGACCAUGUACGGCCAGACGUGCUGCUUCGUCGGCCCCAAAAUCCAGUAUGGCAUCUACAAGGUCAACGAGACCGACUACUUCUUGAUCACCGAGCGUGCUGCCCGCAACAUGGCUUACCAGGGUGUCUUUGCGCAAGAAGGUGUCAUUGAGAAGGCCAUGGACAUUGUCGGAGCUGAUAUUGUUGGUACCCUCGUGGAUGCUCCUCUCUCCCUUCACAAGGAUGGCGUCCGCGUCCUUCCCAUGGACACUGUUCUCCCUACCAAAGGUACCGGCGUCGUCACCUCUGUCCCGUCGGAUAGCCCCGACGACUUUGCCACGGUCACAGACCUGGCCAAGAAGUCCGAAUACUACGGUAUCCAGAAGGAGUGGGCCGAGCUCGAAAUCUUCCCCAUCAUCGAGACCCCCUCCUACGGCGACCUGUGCGCUCCCUUCCUCGUCAAGAAGCUCAAGAUUGCUUCUCCCAAGGACACCAAGCAGCUCGAGGAAGCCAAGGAGCUUGCCUACAAGGAGGGAUUCUACCAGGGCAUCCUCAAGGUCGGCGCGUACAAGGGCGAAAAGGUCGAAGUCGCCAAGCCCAAGGUUCGCGCCGACAUGAUGGCUGCCGGCCAGGCCUUUGCCUACUCUGAGCCCGAGCGCAAGGUUAUCUCUCGAUCUGGGGACGACUGCAUUGUGUCUCUAAUGGAUCAGUGGUACCUAGACUACGGCGAGGAGGAGUGGAAGAAGACCGCCCUCGAGUGGGUGGACAACGGCCUGGACUCCUUCUCAGCCGAUACCAAGAACGCCCUCGAGGGUGUUCUCAACUGGCUCAACCAGUGGGCUUGCGCUCGCUCAUUCGGCCUCGGCACGAAGCUGCCCUGGGAUCCUCAAUUUAUUGUCGAGAGUCUGAGUGACUCGACCAUUUACAUGUCGUACUAUACUGUUGCCCACUUUUUGCAUAGCGAUCUGUUUGGUACCAAGCCUGGCAAGUUUAACAUUUCGGCACACCAGAUGACGGACAAUGUUUGGGACUACAUUUUUUGCCGCCGCGACUUUGACGAGUCUGUUCUCAAGGAGUCUAAUAUUUCACGCGAAAACCUUGAGAGCAUGCGUCGUGAGUUUGAAUACUUUUACCCUGUCGAUAUGCGUGUGUCUGGCAAGGAUCUCCUACCCAACCACUUGACCUUUUUCCUCUACGUCCACUUGGCCAUGUUCCCUAGGGAGUAUUGGCCUCGUGGUAUCCGUGUCAAUGGCCACUUGACCCUCAACGGCGAAAAGAUGUCCAAGAGUACGGGCAAUUUCCUGACCCUCCAGGAGCUUGUGGCCAAGUAUGGUAGUGACGCGUCUCGUAUUGCCAUGGCUGACGCUGGUGAUGGUAUUGGUGACUGCAAUUUAGAGGAAGACGUCGCAGACAACAACAUUCUACGUCUAUAUAACCUGCGCGAGUGGUGCGAGGAGAUGAGCAACCCCGAGGCUGGCCUCCGUGAGGGUGCCAUCAACGACUUCCAGGAUGCACUCUUCAUCAACGACAUGAACGGUCUCGCACGCGAGUCGGUUGAGCAGUACAAGGAGACCAACUUCAAGCUUGCGCUCAAGGCUGGUCUGUACGAGUUGAUUACGGCCCGAGACUUUUACCGUGAGGCCUGCACGGCUGCCAACAUCAAGAUGCACAAGGAGACGGUGUUGCGGUAUAUUGAGGUACAGGCACUCCUUCUUGCCGUUGUGGCGCCUCACUGGGCCGAGUACAUCUGGCUCGAGGUGCUCAAGAAGGACAAGUCGAUCCAGCACGCGACGUUCCCUAAAAUGGACGAGGUCGACUCGGCGCUGUCGGCUAAACGCGACUACGUGCGCAACACGGCAUCCAACAUCAACUCUGCUGAGGGCCAGCAGCUGAAGAAGAAGCUCAAGGGCAAGGAAACGGCGUUUGACCCCAAGAAGCCCAAGAAGCUGACGAUUUACCUUUCGGCGACGUUUCCGGCGUGGCAGGCAAAGUACCUGACGCUCCUCCAGGAGAUGUGGGAUCCUUCGACAAAGUCGACCAACGACAAGGAGCUUAACGGCAAGAUUGGCAAGAUGGGCGAGAUGAAGAAGGCGAUGCCGUUUGUGCAGGGGCUGAAGCGCCGCCUGACAAUGGGCGAGCCGGUGUCGGUGGUGCUGGAGCAGAAGUUGGCGUUUGACGAGAAGCAGACGCUUCUACAGAUGGUGCCGAGCUUGAAGCGCGGCGCGGGGCUGGCGGGCAUCGAGCUUCUGGCGGUGGAGGAGGGCGGCAAGAAGGGGACGAGUCUCCUGGACGGCAAGACGGUGGACAUUAACAAUGUGCUCGCCGAGAAUGCGGUGCCUGGGAACCCUACGUUUGUGUUUGAGAAUAUCGAGGCUUAG